GAACGUCUGGCGGGCAAUAAUUGGUUGUAGCGGUUACUCUUAAAUCUUUUAAAAAUUUUUCCUCCUCCUCCGUAUUAUUCUUAAGAAAUAAGCAAUGACAGUCAUUUAUACAGUUAAUAUGCGUAUAUUACAGUUUUGGAUUUCCUUUUUUAUAGCUACAUUAUAUGAAUGUGUAUACUAUGAUAUAAUUUUCUGUUGAAUUUUAAAAUGAAUUGUGUAUAAGAGCAGUAUCUGAACUGUACAGAACUUUUCGUAUUUUAGAGAAGUGGACUUUAAAACCGAUCAGACGGCUACUUAAAUUUUAUCGGUAAACCAUGAAGAUUCUGUUUUUCAUACUUUUAUGUGUGAUAUCGUCUCAUGUCUGUGCGUUAGAUAAUGGAUUAGCUUUAACUCCACCAAUGGGCUGGUUAUCCUGGGCACGUUUUGUUUGCAAUAUAAAUUGUAAAGAUGAUCCUGAAAAUUGCAUAAGUGAAAGGUUAUAUAUGGACAUGGCUGAUCGCCUUGUAGCCGAUGGCUUUAAAGAUGCAGGUUAUGAAUAUAUAAAUAUAGAUGACUGCUGGAUGGAUAAAGUCAGAGACAGCUCUGGUAGACUACAACCUGAUCCUGUUAGAUUUCCGAAUGGAAUUAAAUCAAUUGCAGACUAUGUACAUUCUAAAGGUUUGAAGUUGGGAAUUUAUACAGACUGUGGGGUAAAAACAUGUGCUGGUUAUCCAGGAAGCUAUGGAUAUUAUGAUAUAGAUGCUUUAACAUUUGCUGAGUGGGGUAUUGAUAUGUUAAAAGUUGAUGGUUGUUAUGCAGAACCAAAAGAUAUGGAUACAUUAUAUCCUAUGAUAACCUUGGCACUCAAUAAAACGGGUCGACCUAUUGUUUUCUCAUGUAGUUGGCCAGCUUAUCAAGAAGGUUCAGGAUUACAUCCAAAUUAUUCAGAAAUUGCAAAGCACUGUAAUUUGUGGCGAAAUUAUGAUGAUAUUGAAGACUCGUGGAAAAGUGUUCUUUCCAUUGUGGAUUUUUAUGCCAGUCGCCAAAAUGAAUUUGCAGCAGCUGCAGGACCAGGACACUGGAAUGACCCUGAUAUGAUAUUGGCUGGUAAUUUUGGUCUUAGCUUUGAAGAAGCAAAAGCACAAUUUGCAUUGUGGGCUAUCAUGGCUAGUCCUUUACUGGUUUCAAAUGAUUUAAGAUCUCUUUCUCCUACCAUAAGAGAACUACUCACUAACAAGGAGAUCAUUGCUGUUAAUCAAGAUAGUUUAGGAAUUAUGGGAAAAAGAAUUUAUAAUAAAAGCGACAUAGAAAUAUGGAGGAGGCCAAUAAGUCCCAUCAGCAGUAAUGGGAAAUAUUCUUAUGCUCUAGUUUUUUUUAAUCGCAGAACACUAGGAGGACCGACAAAAGUCACUGCUAAUUUAGAAUCAAUGGGACUUGACAACUCAAAGUGCUAUCUUAUAUAUGAUGUUUUUCUUGUUGAAGACGUGAACAAAUUUUGUCCUUCUGAUAAUAUAACUGUAACUGUAAAUCCAUCUGGCAUAACAAUGCUUAAAGCAAAAGUUAUCAGUUAGUUUUUGUAAUCAGUUUCUAAUGGAAAACACUUCUUAUUUAUUUAUGGCUAUAAAAUUUACAUGAAACUGAAUGAAAUUUUUAUCAAUUUCCUGUUGAUAAUUUAACAUAAAUCAUAAAUAUAAUUAUGUAAAUAUAUUUUAUUUUAGAAUCAGAGAAAUGGAACAAUUUUGAUAAUAAAAUAGAAGUACUGUGCAAGUUGCCAUAUAAAGUUUCUUUAUGAAGGAAAAA